CUCUAAGCUAGGUAACUUCAAGGUGCCUUAUAUAGAAGGAUCCAUAGAUUAAUGCCUAAGGCAACCCUGCAUACUGACGAACUGGCAAUCUAGAUAUUCGGUCGAACAAAAGGAACUCUGGUAUUUCGACAUGAGAUAAUCCCUCGGAGACUUGUUUUCUUCGUAUCUAUAGAAAUGUCGACAGAGACCUGCGGCACCCUCGCUGACGAUGGCCUCUGUCAGCAAUGUAAGAUUCUUUUCUCGAGAGAUGGCUUCGAACAACUUCUUUCCACGAACAAAUUCAGACAUUCAAGGCUAGACACAUUUCCCAACAGAUCCGGAUGCAGAUUCUGUAGUUACCUAUGGAACGAAGACAUUAUUGGGACGACUAACCAAGUCCACGCUAUACGUCGUCUCCGCGACUUGAUCCACCCAGCAAAGGGCAAGUCAAACCAGGCGAAGCAAAGUGAGCUCUUGCUGUCUUGGGUGGUUAUAACUCGUCCCAUACGAGAUCGGUAUGUUAUUGGGAUGGACGGAUCGGUCGCCAAUCUCGAACGUCUUACGAUACAUCAAGAUUCUCUUCAAGCCAAGGGUGUAGAUAGGAUGAUUAUAAACGUAGAAUCAGACGAUGGGCGCCUUAGAUGGCAAGCUUCUCGGCCACUGAGGCUGAUUGUUCCCAAAGACAGCCCUGUCGCGGCAUUUACCAAUUUUCGUCCCGUAGAGUGGAACGGGUUGACGGAGGGCUGGGUAAGUGAUAUAAAAGCUCUGCUCGAAUGUUGCCGCGUAUCACAUCCUCAAUGUCAACCGUGUGGCCCAACACGCCUUCCAUCACGAGUCUUGAGUAUUAGCGAUACUGGAGAGCUAUUUCCACAAGUUCAGCUUCUCUCGACCGCUAAAGAAGGCCAGAUUGGACUUUAUGCAGCCUUGAGCUAUUGCUGGGGAGGGCCGCAGCCAUUCCAAUUGACGAAAGCCAAUCUCAACGCUCUUCAGGGCGCAGCUUUAGGAAGUCAUUUACUCCCACGAGCGCUCAAAGACGCAGUCCGUGUGACGCAUCUCUUAGGGUUGAGAUACUUGUGGAUAGACGCAUUGUGUAUUGUCCAAGAUGAUCCGGAGGACAAGAAACGAGAAAUAGGCCAGAUGUGUGCCAUUUACCAAAAUGCUUUCGUCACCAUCGCCGCAGCCACAUCAAGUUCCGUCUCUGAAAGCUUCCUUGAUAAUAAGUCGACGUUCAACACAAAACACGCCACCUGUACUGUCCAUGUCUCUCUCGGGUCCGAAGAUUGUCGUGACCCCAACAGCCUCAACGAGGUGACUAUUGCCCCGGUGCACGCACAUAAAACGGAUAUUUUCCCUCUGAAUAAGAGAGGCUGGACGUUUCAGGAGGCCUUGCUCCCUACCCGACUACUCGUAUUCGGGGACCUCGAGCCGUUCAUACGAUGUCGAACGAAAGACGUAAUGAAGAGAUCUUGGAGUGUCAUCGACUAUCCGAUGUCGUCUGUGCAACCACGACGGCUUAUUGAUAACAUAGCGAACAAGCAAGCCAUCGAGAGAGGACUAUUCGUUGAUAUAAAAGGGGCCGAUCUCGACAAUAUCUGGCGAGAGAUUGUGGAACAGUACACUCUCCGCGAGCUUAGUUUCGCGGAAGACAGGCCUCUUGCCAUUGGUGGGGUGGUCGAUUUUCUCUCUGAGAAGUUCGGAGAUGAGUGCCACUUCGGUGUCUGGAAAUCCUCACCAGCGAUGUGGCUCUUGUGGAAGUCGGUGGCCCCAGAAGAAAGGAAGACUAUUCCUGGAUUGCCGACUUGGUCGUGGAUGUCCAUCACCGGUCCUAUUGACCUAGAUAGUGUCGUUUAUUUUAACAACCCAGAAGGAGUGGUUGAGUGGGAUUCAGAUCCUUCAUACACUAAGCUAGUGGUUUCAUGUUGCAUUCUAACGGGGAAAGAAGUGUACAGCGCAGCGGAGGAGAUCGGGCAUGAGGUACUGAUAGACGCUUGGUCUGACUUUGCAGAAGAUACGGAGGAAUAUGUCUACAUGGGAUCGGAAGAGCCUUACUUUCUCGUUCUGGCGCGCGAGACGAAUGGUCAUUUCUUAGGUAUCGUCGCUGCACGCUACGAUGACAAUGUUUACCACCGCUGUGGGCUUGCCGAAUUGAACGUCCCGGAUAGCUGGCGUUCUAGGCCACGAGAACAGAUAAUACUUACAUAGGCAUCCAGUAGUGUUAAAGAACCUUUUUAGUCGAGAUGAGUGAAUUGGAAUAUUGA